AUGGUGGUGGUGGGGAUUUUACUGGAGGAGGAGGUGAGUGGUAGUAAUAUGGUGGUGGUGGAGAUUUUACCGGAGGAGGAGGUGAGUGAUAGUAGUAUGGUGGAGGAGGAGAUUUCACUGGUGGAGGUGGUGAGUGAUAGUAGUAUGGUGGAGGAGGAGAUUUCACUGGUGGAGGUGGUGAGUGGUAGUAGUACGGUGGAGGAGGAGAUUUCACCGGAGGAGGUGGGGAGUGGGGGUGGUGAGUGGUAA